AUGAGUUCUUCGUAUUAUGUGAACGCGCUUUUUAGCAAAUAUACGGCGGGGGCUUCUCUGUUCCAAAAUGCCGAGCCGACUUCUUGCUCCUUUGCGCCCAACUCGCAGAGAAGCGGCUACGGGGCAGCCGCCGGCGCCUUCCCUUCGACCGUACCGGGGUUGUACAAUGUCAACAGCCCCCUCUAUCAGAACCCCUUCGCGUCUGGCUACGGCCUGGGUGCCGACGCCUACGGCAACCUGCCCUGCGCCUCUUACGACCAAAACAUCCCGGGGCUCUGCAGUGACCUCGCCAAAGGCGCCUGCGACAAGGCAGACGAAGGCGGGCUGCACGCCUCGGCCGAGGCCAAUUUCCGCAUUUACCCCUGGAUGCGGUCUUCAGGGCCGGACCGAAAGCGGGGCCGCCAGACCUACACGCGCUACCAGACGCUGGAGCUGGAGAAAGAGUUCCACUUCAACCGCUACCUGACGCGGCGCCGCCGCAUCGAGAUCGCCCACGCUCUCUGCCUGACCGAGCGCCAGAUCAAGAUCUGGUUCCAGAACCGCCGCAUGAAGUGGAAGAAGGAGCAUAAGGAGGAGGGUCCGGCCGCUUCCGGCGCCCCCGAGGGUGCCGCGCCCGCCGCCUCUGCAGCCGUGGCCGCCGCCACCGCCGCGGACAAGGCCGACGACGAGGACGACGACGAGGAGGAGGACGACGAGGACGAGGAGGAGGAGGAAUGA